AUGAACAAAGUCCUCGGAUUCGAGCGCAUCAACGAACGUGUGAGAAGACCAAAUGCACUCAUCAACUUCAUCAAACCACUGGAAGGUCCAGAUAAGGCCCUAGCGCAGGAUUUUCUGGAGCGAGUUGCCGCUAUCUGCUAUCCCAUCAUGAAAGAGAACCACAUCGUCGUCAUGGCUUUAGAAGAAUACCUACCUAACCCCGAAUUCAUCGGUCGCAACUUCAACGCCGGAGAAGUAAUUCAACUGGUUCUCAAAGCCCCACACACCAACCAAUGGCUACCAUUCAAGCACGUCCAAAUGGUCAUGAUGCACGAACUGGCGCAUUGCAAGCAGAUGAACCACUCUCGCGCUUUCUGGAAGGUCAGAAAUGCAUAUGCAGACGAACUCAAGGUCCUCUGGGACAAAGCGUAUACGGGCGAGGGGCUCUGGGGCAAAGGACAGUCACUCAUCACUGGACAAUACAUGACCAACCACAUGCCCGAGGCUGCUGAUAUCCCGGCAAGCCUCUGCGGCGGUACGUUCAGAUCAUCAGGAGGCCGGAAGAGAAGACGAAAAGAAGAUAAGUCUAAGGUCACCUAUGCCGAGCGCCAACAACGCAGAAUUGCAAAGAAGUUUGGUGUCAACGGUGUCGCUCUAGGCGAAGAUGAAGGUGUCAGAGCCAAGCUCGAGUCUGGCCAGAAGGGUGGCAAGCCUGCCGUCAAACCGAGAGUGGCAGGCAGUAAGCGAGGAAGAGAGCUUCGGGCCGCUGCUGCACUGGCACGCUUCGAGAAUGUGAAGAAGGAACCUGUCAAGACCGAGCCCAAAACAGAAACGAUCAGUGACGACGACGAUUAUGAGACGGAUUCUGACUAUGAGUACGCAACCAUCGAGAGGACCAUGAAUCCAGAAGAUGGCAACAUGGUCAGAGUCUGCGAGAACGAAGACGCGGAGGACAAAGACGCGCAGCGAGAAUUCGACGAGCUGCGUGAGAUCGACCAAAGCAUGCCGAAGCUUCAGAUCUCAUCUUCCAAGCAGCCUUCUCCAAAAGGCAAGGCAAAAGAGACAAUCCUCUCAGACGAUGCUUCUACCGAGAGCGAGGACGAUCAAGACCUGGACGCGCAGCGCGGCUUGAAGCAUCCACCAGCGAUUCCCGCUUCAACUUGUCCAAUUUGCUCACUAGAGAACGAACCCACAUCAGCCCUAUGUGCAGCAUGCUCUCACGUCUUGAAGCCCACCCUCAUGCCGAACUGCUGGAAGUGCACGAGCACAAACUGUCAAAGUGUCGGAUACAUCAAUCCAGGCGACUACAACUUGUGCGGACUCUGUGGGUCCACUAAACCGAGAUGA